AAAGGAAAAAUAUAAUUGGUAGCACCGUUAGUUGCAGAUGGAAAUCGAUGGAAGACAGCUGAAAGUACGGGAAAAACUUGCGUGAGCCUCUAAACUUCCGGUUCUACUCUUAAAUUAUGGUUACAACAGUGAAUUCGAUUAAUACAGAAAUUAACGGUGAAUUGUCGCGUUCGUGCCCAUCAAAGAAAACCAAAAUGGAAAACAAAGUAACUGUUGUUUUGGGUGCUCAGUGGGGCGAUGAGGGCAAAGGAAAAGUUGUAGAUUUACUUGCGGUGGAUUCCGACAUUGUUUGCCGUUGUCAGGGCGGGAACAACGCUGGACACACAGUGGUAGUUGACGGCAAAGAAUUUGACUUCCAUCUGUUGCCAAGUGGCAUCAUCAACCAGAAGUGCACGUCUGUCAUAGGUAAUGGCGUGGUGAUCCACCUGCCCGGACUGUUUGAGGAGCUGAAGAAGAACGAGCUGAAAGGCAUGAAGGGUUGCGAAGGCAGACUCGUGAUCUCGGACAGGGCUCAUCUUGUUUUCGAUAUACAUCAACAGGUCGACGGUCUCCAGGAAGCGGAGAAGGGUAAGAACUCGCUCGGCACCACGAAAAAGGGCAUCGGGCCGGCCUACUCCGCGAAGGCAACCAGAAACGGCAUCAGAAUCGGCGAUCUGCUCGGAGACUUCAGUCUGUUCGAAGACAAAUACCGGACCCUUGUGGCCUCGUACAAACGCAUGUUCCCGGCAUUAGAGUUGAACAUCGAUAGCGAGCUGUCGAAGUACCGAGCGUACGCCGAUCUGGUCCGGCCGAUGGUCAAGGAUACGGUCUCGUACCUGCACAGGGAGAUCGGCUCCGGCAGGAAGGUGCUAGUCGAGGGAGCGAAUGCCGCCAUGCUGGAUAUAGAUUUCGGUACCUAUCCGUACGUGACGUCAUCGAAUUGCAGCAUAGGCGGCGUGUUGACCGGUCUCGGCCUACCCCCCAACGUGAUCGGGAACGUUCUGGGCGUCGUGAAGGCGUACACGACGCGCGUGGGCGACGGACCCUUCCCGACGGAGCUGCACGAUGAGACCGGUCAGCUACUCCAGGAGCGAGGGCACGAGGUCGGCGUCACCACCAGACGCGUCCGGCGCUGCGGCUGGCUCGACCUGGUCGUUGUCCGCUACACCGCCAUGGUCAACGGGUACACGUCAUUGUGCCUAACGAAACUGGAUAUUUUGGAUACCCUGAAGGAAAUAAAAGUCGGUGUCGCUUACAAACUGAAUGGCAAGAAGAUUGAUUAUUUCCCGUCUUCGAUGGUGGAACUUAGUAAUGUAGAGGUGGAAUACAUUAGUUUACCCGGUUGGGCGUGCAGUAUAGAGCACGUGCGAGAGCUGGACAAGCUGCCGGCGGAGGCCCGCGCCUACGUGAAGGCCAUCGAGGACUUCCUGCAGGUGCCCGUUAAAUACAUUGGCGUGGGUCAAGGACGGGAGUCGAUAAUCAGCGUCGACUAACAUCGCGGCCCGGCAUCGCGUCUUCGCGUCGCUACUUAGUUUCAUUAUUGUAACUGUUAAUUUUAUCUGCAAGUCGACACUCGCACGCGCCGGCUUGCUGAUUCAACGCUCCCCGUGCUCGGUCGGUCGAUGAUUCAGUAUUUUAACUUGUAUGUUCGUAUUAAACUGCAUAUGGCAACGUUCAUAGAUUAAUUAGAAAUGUACUUUAACCCUUUGACUGCCGUGUAGGUCACCGGUGACCUACGCGGCGCUUUAAAGUAAGUACGUCGACUUCUGUUACUAAGGCGCUAAAAUAUCUUGUAGACUCAGGGUACGACGAAUCCGAAGAUAAAGAGCGUGAAAAUAUUACUAAGAGAUCUAAAAGGCUAAAACAUACAUUAUUUUUUGAAAGGAAGAAAAAUAUGAAAUAUCCUUUGUAUGUAGAAAAAAUUGUCAUCCAUUUUUCUCGCUUAAGAAAAAGUAAUUUUGAAAUGCGAAGUACAAUUAAAUUAUGUCACUUACAAACUCGAAUAAAGAUAUCAAUCAUAUCGACCGACCAAACAACGGAAGAGCAGUAUUUUUUUUUAAAUAAGUAAUUAAUGCAGUUUUUUGUUUAACAAGCCCAAGUUAAUUAAUUAGUUUAAUUCGAUCGAAUAAAGAAAUCUCUACAUCAGGAGCAAAAUGCGGGACCUAUAUAAAAAAAAUAUCGCUUUUACUCGGAUUACUACGAUAGUCUGUCUUGUCGCGUGAUAACCGCGAAAAAUAAUUAUAAUCUAGAAUAGCAAAUUGUUUAGAAAAAAAUUAUCCUAAUUACAGUUCCUUAAAAAGUGUAAUUUAAAAAUAUGAUCAUGGAUAAUCGACCUUAAGGCUGUGCUGUCGAUAUAAACGUUGGUAAAAUUAUUUCCUGUUAAAAAAAAAAUGUUUCCGUUGUGCGACAUUUUCGUGCCAACCCAGUGUAGAGAUAUACACAGUAACUACAUUUUACUUGAUUCGUAUUUAUCCAAAAGUAUUCAAAUGAUUCGCAACUAAAAGCAAUAAGUAUUGUAAAAUUAAAUAAUAUUGUCAUAUAUAAUAAUUUUUUUUGUUUUCACAUCUAUUAAAGUAGGUCUUUUGAGUAUUUUUUUCAUAUAACAUAAUUACUUAAGCAUUUUUAGUGAUCACAAUGCCACGAUUGGAUUUCGAAACUUUAAUGUACAAUAUAGGGAUUGGCAACUUGUCAAGAUCAAAACAUAUUUUGAAGUGAAAGCACAAAUCAUUUAAACUUGAAUUAAAAUGUUUUUUUAUUAAUACAUUAUUAACACCUGACUUAAUAGAUUUAUACAUUUCCAUUAUAUUAUUCACAGUAGUUCUAGAUAAGCAAUUCUUAUAAGAGAUAUCAUUGCUGGUUCGAUGAAUAUGUAAAGAAAUCGAGAUCGUAACAUAAAAUACAAGUAUCUAUAUUGUUUUUUUUUUUGCUUCGAUUGUGGUUUGAAUAUAUUAUAUCGUUACAAUAUAAAAAUUCUAGUGAAUUUUAUGAACGCAAUAAUGUUUAAUUGAUUGCACAAAUUUAUCAAGACCCUUGUUUUUAUCAUGACCACAGAGAGAGCAGGCAAUGAAUGUUUUAUUAUGAUUUAUCAAAAUUAUUUUUUAGCAAUUAAUUUUUGGUUGUUGUCUGGCAACGCGGACUUGUAAUGUUUUCUUUUUCUAAAUUGUUUUAAACUAUUUUAAAAUAUAAUACUAACAUUUCUUAAAUUUUCUUCUAAUAUCUAAUUUCUCUCCCAUUCCAAAGAUCUAUGUUUGAAAUUUGAAUGAACGAAUUUGUUUUUUAGUACUUACAUUUUAAUAUCAUCGCUUAAUUUACAUUGUGAAGUGUUUUAUGUGAUAUCUUUAAUUAUUAAUGUAAAUAUUUUGAUGCAGUUAUUAUGUAUGCGAAUAAAAUGUUUUAUUCUUUUAA